AUGAUCCGAGUGCUGAAGGGUGAGAGCGGGAAGGAAGAGGUAGCUAUCAGCCGGGGCAGCAUCAGGAUCGGCCGAGACAGCGCAUGCGACCUAGUUCUGCCAUGGGACGGUAUCUCUCGCAUUCAUUGCAAGCUGGGGUUUCGCCAUGGCUCGAAUGGCCGGCUGGUUCUAUGGCUAUGCAGCCACGAGGGGCUCAAGGGAACGCCGACGGGCAACGGAACAUUUGUCAACGGUAGGAGGGUAAUAGAGAGCGAGUUGAACAAUGGAGACAAGAUAGAAUUUGGAAGAGGCUCCAAUGCAAGGAUAGGAGGGGCUCUGAGGGAGGAGGACAAGAUGUAUGUGUUGCAAGUCACUCAGCUUCCGACCCCUCCAAGGAGCCAGGGGCGACUGAGGGAGCCAGUCGAAGCCGGACUGAAUUUCAACGAAUGGAGGACAAGGGCGAUUCCGAUUCAUACGGAGAAAGAGAACCGGAUGACGAUUGAAGCAUCGGACAGAGACGGCGAGGUAGCUGAACGAGCCCUCAACAAGAUCAAGUUCUUCGAUAGGAAACUACUGCCUUCUGAGGGAACUUUGCAAGCGGAGAUGGGGCUGGUUGCAACGAACCCCCGCAAGUCUUACAAGCAGGACAUCCGCCCAGAGGAAAAAGAGCUGGCAGGAUACACGAGCGGAUAUGGCUACAUGUGA